GCACAGCCAAAAGUCACCCCUCCAUACCCAUCUGGUAGCUGGAGAGCAGAGGUGGUUGAUGAUAACGUCAUCGUGCUCCCUACAUUUAUUUCUGUGUAUCCGUACCCGAGUUCAGUCAGUCAAGAGUGAUCCCAGACUGGUGCAGAAUCCAAUCUCAGUCUCCUUUAAAGUGAAGCUAUUCACGCUCCAUUCUUCAGUUCGCCAUUGAAAGACUCUGCCCGUAGAGAGGGAUUCCAGAGCAAGAUAGCUGCAUCCGGAGGUAUCCUGGACCUGGACAAUUCAUACUGUACCCGACCCUCGUCCCCACAUUGAUCGGGUCACCCUGCGGAAAGCUCGCGUGUCGCAUCGAUCGGCGCACUCCAAACUUCACCAAACCAAACCCAAGCAGCUGCAGACCUUGGACCGUUGAGCAGACUCUGGUACCCGCAUUCCAGUAUUCGGUGUUCCAGUAUUCAGUAUUCCAGUAUUCCAUUCUCGCAGUAUUCUGCCUUGGUCGCUGCGUGUUGGAGUGGUCGUGGUCUCAUCGACUGGGACCGCUAGUUCGGGUCAGUUACUUGGGUACCUAUACCGUUUGGGAGCAGCUUGGAAGAUUUGUGCCAGACCUCCGACCUCAGUCCUUUGGGCAGCGCAGCAAGUGGAAUUCCCCCCCUCCCCCCUCCUCCCUCCUCCACUACCACUGGAGCAGUCGCCCGAUCCCGAAAAGUCUAAACCCAAGAUUCCUCCCACAAGCUGCAACCUCGAACUUCUUGCGAUAUCCUCUGAAUCAUACCUUACGCCUUCUACGGCUCGCACGGCUGCUCCCUAUCUUGCCGGAACCUUAGCGCUUUCAAGUUGGUGUGCUGCCCACGUCUCUGGUCGCUGGUGAGCAAUCUUACUGGUGAGCAAUCUAACCCUCCUCCCAGAUACUCGUACUUCCACUCGCAUCCUCAACUCUAUCCCGUCGCAUGAUGCCCGUAGCUUGAAAACUUACUUUCCAUCUAGAAUCUUACAUUCCCACAGCUGAUACUGCGAGCUCUUGUCUUGUCUUGAUGCCAAGAGUCAAAGACAGUAUCUAAGAUGGCUGCUACCCCUCCAAAGAGUAAUUCAGGUGCUCCUGAAGACUCCGUCGACUUUGCUGCUCCCACAACUCCGGGUUCAGAAAUCUCGACUGAAUCCGAAUCUUCCCCUCCUACUCCUCCAACCGAUUCGAAUGCCCCACGGAUUCCUUCCCUGCGAUCGAUAUCCGAUCCCUCAGCCUCAACUCCUAUGAGCACUUCCUCAACGCCCCUCGGAAUGUUACAAAACGCUAGACGGCCGGCUGCUCCUCCAGCGUCGAUGUCGAGUACAAGAACGAAUGCGAGUGCAGCAGGUGCUCUACCGCAAGGCUUAGAGGCGAAGAUGCGUGCCUUUCAGCUGACAAGACAAGGUACGCCACCAAGUCGUCCGGCAGUAAUGGGUGCAGCUUCAGGUCCAGUGCCUAAUCCGCCAAAUUUCGGUGGGUCGGGAAGAGGGGGCCUCGCUGGUGGUGUAAAUCUACAAUUACCAGGAAUGCGCCCUGUUGCUCAUAACUUCAAUUCGGCUCCUGUGGUCCCCAGGAUGCCCGUCAAGGGUUUGGCUGCGCGGAGGCAGAAGGCGGGAGCACCAAAUCUUGGGGGUUUACCUCCUGCUUCACCUGUACCCGGUGCUCCAGGUAGUAUUCCAAAUACCAAUGGUGGCGCGGUACAACCAUCGAAUGACACAGGUUCCAUGUUCAGUAAAUUCUCGGAAUAUGUUGAUACGGAAAAAGGUGUCUUGAAAUUUGCUGGGAAAGCCAGUAUUGAUGGCACGGGAAUUCAAUUCAAGGGUGGCCACACAUUCAACAUUUCUCUGGAUGAAGUUGACACUUUGGAGGAGUUGGGAAAGGGAAACUAUGGAACUGUUUAUAAAGUCAAGCAUGCGAGACCGCGAAUACGCCGUCCAGGACUUGGGUUGGCUGGCAACAAGUUGACACAUUCCCAGUCGUCUCCCAUAACACCAUUAAGCGAUCCUGAAACAGAAGAGACCACGGAUAUACCAGCCAGUGGAAACCUGACUGGGCGUGUCAUGGCGAUGAAGGAGAUCCGACUCGAGCUCGACGAUGCAAAAUUCAGAGCCAUCAUCAUGGAACUUGAUAUCUUGCACAAAUGUUUAAGUCCCUACAUUAUCGACUUUUACGGUGCGUUUUUCCAAGAAGGUUCUGUAUACAUAUGUAUAGAAUUUAUGGAUGGAGGGUCGAUUGACAAGAUUUAUGGUGAUGGAAUUCCGGAGAAUGUGCUUAAGAAGAUCACGUAUUGCACUACACAGGCAUUAAAGACACUCAAGGAUGACCACAAUAUCAUACAUCGAGAUGUCAAGCCAACCAACAUCCUGGUGAACACCAAAGGACAGAUCAAGGUCUGCGAUUUCGGUGUUUCGGGCAACUUGGUUGCCAGUAUCGCAAAGACGAAUAUCGGUUGUCAGUCAUACAUGGCUCCUGAAAGAAUUUCAGGCGGUGGUAUGUCACAAGCAAAUGCGGAUGGCGGAACUUAUAGCGUUCAAUCUGAUAUUUGGUCUUUGGGACUGACCAUCAUUGAAUGUGCUAUGGGUCGAUAUCCUUACCCUCCUGAGACUUAUAACAAUAUCUUCUCGCAACUUAGCGUAAGUUUUUCGACACUCAAAAUUGGGAUACAGACUAACGAGUAAUAGGCAAUCGUCGAUGGUGCCCCACCUGAUCUCCCCGAGGAGGGUUACUCCGAGUUAGCUCGGGAUUUCGUUCACGGUUGUUUGAACAAAGUUCCCGCCUUAAGACCAAGUUACAGUAUGCUUCUCCAGCAUGGCUGGCUUGCAGAUCUGUCAAAGCCUGCUACCAUCACCGAAGCCGACGAGGAAGAAGCUGAGAACGGGGGCAACGCAGCGGGUGAACUCCCAAGCGACACCCUUGGUCCUUCAGGAACGGAAGACGAAGAAGUGGGCAACUGGGUCAAAAACGCCAUCGAGCGAAAGAAGAAAGGUCUGACGGGAAACGCUGUCAAGCCUGCGCUACAUGCUGCCCCAUUGGACACAGUUAGUCCGGCUGCAAGCCCACUUGCGCUUCCUGGAUAGAAUCGCAGAUGUGAUGAUGGACAGUGAAGAGAAUGAAGAUGAUGAAAAAGAAAAAAGUUCGAUUGAUUUUGACCGGGACGCGUGCGGAUGCAGCGUGAUCAAUAUCAUCUAUUGUUGUUAUCAGACUUGGAAGAAACAUACGCAUGGGAAGGGAAGCUAGCAUUCGAGAAGUCCUUUUUUUCUUUCUUUUUUAGAGCAAGCAAAUAACAAGGCGCGUUUGGGGGAGGGUGGAACUCUUACUUUUGUCCGGUCGUUUAUUUUUUCCUUUGCGCUUUUCUUCUAUCCUUGUUUCUUUUGGAAUACCUAUACAACUAUAUUUUCUUUUCCCUUUUUGUCUUUUUUCUUCGAGUUCUUGACGAUGAUGACAUGAUGACAAGCGAGGCGGAGGGCAUGGCAAUAUAGAAUGCGUGAAGUAGGUGUAGUGAAUGGAUGGAGGAGGGGAAUGAAUGAAUGGGUGGGGAAAUUUGUAGAUACAGAGGAUGAUUUGUAGGCAGUGAGGGAUACGGGGGAAUGGAAUUGAAUGGAUGGCUUUGGAGCUGUGCUUUGAGCUAUUCUGGACAUUCUUUUUCUUUCCUCUUUUUUCUUUGCGGAACUUGCCUGAUUUCGAAAACUUCUUUAUGCUGAUAAGAUGUAUGUGUGUGAGACAGUGUGUGGGUGCUUGCAUGCCAUUAUGGCGAUGGAUUGGGAUAUUGAGAAAAGAGAAGAUGAGAUAUGAUGGGAUGGGAUGGGGGUUGUAUAUACAGUAUAAUUAUUGUAUUGUUUGGUUGAUACUUUUACUCCCCAUAUGUUUCCUUGAUAUUUUUGGUGGGUGG